GAGCGUCGACGAGUACGUCGAGGAGGUUUCUUGCGAGUUGUGUUGGGCUCAACGGCGGUUAAGAAAACGAAGGCCGGCGUAUAGCCUCAGUGGCCUCAUUCUAUCUGUCGUCCGUCGCAGCACGUUACGCGAUGACGCGUCUUUAAAUAUAACAAUCUCUCACUGGAAGAUACUACAACAACGUGUGUAUAUAUAUCGCGUACGUAUACGACAACUGUAUAUCAAAGGAGACGCACGGGAGAAGUCACAAGAGGGACUAACCAAAGAAACAAAAAACAGGAAGAAAAUGAACGAGACGACGCCGAGUAGUAACGUGGAGACCGAGUACCUUGAGAUCAACUCCAAGAACGCUUGGAUGGUGCUGUUUCAGUUCAUCCGUAACGAGUGCAGUAAUUAUGACUUUACAUGUAAUGAAAGCAAGAAGCCAGAGAAUAGAAGUCUUAAUAGAUAUAGAGAUGUUAUGCCAUAUGACCACACACGGAUUGUUCUUAAAAAGGGUCAGACCGACUACAUCAAUGCCAAUCUUUUACAGAUGGACAAAGCAAACAGACAAUAUAUUCUAACACAAGGACCACUGCCAAAUACAGCUGGUCACUUUUGGCUGAUGGUGUGGGAACAAAAUAGCAAAGCAAUUAUAAUGCUAAACAAAGUAAUUGAAAAGCAUCUGACAAAAUGUCAUCAAUACUGGCCCCUUGCAGAGUCAUCGGAUCACGUGAUGAAAUUCCCUGAUCUAGAUCUCGAAGUGGAAUAUAUUACUAAAAUCAACAAAUCAGAUUACACAACUACAACACUCAGACUGAAGAACACUGAGACCAACGAGAGCAGGGACAUACUACACUUCAACUACACCACGUGGCCGGACUUUGGUGUGCCCAAAAGUCCCACCGCAUUUCUCAGAUUUUUGGCAGAUGUUCGAGAAUCAGGAGUUCUGGAUAAAAACGUUGGUCCAUCUAUUGUACACUGUUCUGCUGGAAUUGGACGCUCUGGAACUUUUUGUUUGGUGGAUACUUGUCUGGUAUUGAUCGAAGAAAAUGGUUUGAAUUCUGUUAAUGUAAGAGAUAUUUUACUAGAAAUGCGGAAGUCACGAAUGGGUUUGAUUCAAAUGCCCGAUCAGUUGCGGUUCUCUUAUGCAGCUAUAAUAGAAGGGGCUAAACAUUUACCGUUGAGUACUUUGACUCUUGGUAACAAUGAUGUUAUUACUAACAACCAUUGCGAGAAUGCAAAUAAUAUUAGCAAUUCGUCAAUCGAUGAAGAUGACGAACCACCCCCUCUGCCACCUCCGAGGGGCGAAUCUUUAACUCGUAGUUGUAUGAUAACAGAGACGGCACUUAAGAUUGAAAACAAUGCAAAUACUGUAAGCAAUCUACCUAACAAACCAUUGCCGUGUGAACCACCAGGUGGUGUAAAUUCAAAUAACAUUGGGAACCACGUCAAUGACAUUUCUGGCUCAAAUGCCUCAAGCGAUGGCGACGAAAAUUCAUUUCAACCCAAUAGUCCACCGUCCAGUCCGGAGUCGAAGAACGAAUUGCGCCGAAGACGGCUGGAGAAGAAGGAACGAAUGGAAGCGCAAGUGCGUGAUAUGAAACGCCGGCAGAAGGAAUCGGAAGACUGGCAGAAGUUCAAGAGGUCAAUAUUUUCGCCUCUGUCACUAGGUCUAGUUGCCGCCAUUGUCGGUGGGAUCUGCGGCUAUCUUUAUUUCCGCGAUUAGGCUCUUAUCAAUCGAUGAUCUAAACUAAAUAAUUUAAUUCGCAAUAAACAAUAUACAACCAGUUUUCAAAAAAACAAUCUACCGUCGAAACAUACUCGCAAAUUGUAUGCGAAUCAGAAAAAAAAACAAAAUAAUAGGCGACGCGCUAAACAAAGAGUUUAUUAAUUAUUAUACGCAGGAACCUCGAGAUCACGGUGGUGCAUAAUUAAAAUUUGAUCUCGCUUUAUAGGUUCUACAAAGAGAAUUUAAAUCAAUAUCUCAGAGUGGGCAAAAAAAAGCAAAAUAUUUUUUUACCUAAAGGCGAACGUGAGAAAAAAGGAAACACGAGAUGAUCCGGAUAAAAUUAUGUCGUUUCUUUCAUAUUUUCGAAUUACCAAAGUUAAUGAUACUGUUUUCGGUCUGUCUUUCAAAGUAAUACCGUCGUCCGAAAGUAUGUAUAAAAUGUUUGUGCAUGUGCGAAAAUGAAAAAAAAAGAAAAAAUACCAAAAAAGCAGUACAUUGAUUAAAGUAUCUAGCUCGUACGUUUUUUUUGAAAUUGAUCAUCAUCUUGAAAUAAUAGAGCAUGCGUAAUCGGAACAAAACAAAUUUAUUGCAUAAAUAAUGUGCAAGAAACGCGAAUCGUUGACCGACAUCGCGAGCGUAAGGCUUUUUUUAUCCGUGUGGUGUUUCGUAAGAUAGGACUCGCAUUUUUUUUUCUCAAAAAAUAACGAGAAAUUUUUAGUCAUGAGAUUGGUCGGUCUUUGUAUUAUAAAUGAAUUGCCAUUAUUUAGUUAUCGAUAAUUGUAAUUUGAUCGACUUGCAUACUAAAUAGCGUUUUUGUCAACUGUGAUGCAUAUUAUACACAAACUGAGUUGUUUCAUUACAUACUUCAUAUUUCACUAUGACAUAAACAUAUUUUAUUUAUAAUCGUUACUUGAUAUUUUGCUUUGAAUAUUUUGUGCUAGAUUACGUUGUUCUUAUUAUGAUUUUUUGCUUUUUUAAUAAUAAUAAAGUAACGUUACAGAUAUAGAAAGUGCACUAGUUAACACUCAGUUUUAUUGGCGUAUCUUAACGUAAUUUUAUCUGAGUUAAAUCAAUUUGAAUUUUAUAUACUUGAUUUUUCUGACAUUUUCACCAGAAAGUUAUUGAAUGUUAAUAUUAAGGUUCCAAAUAUACUUAGUGGUUUAAGUAUUUAAAUGUUAAGCUGUAUUGAUAGGUAUAAUGACAUUAUUUGAUGAAAUUACAAUGAUCGAAAGUAAUGGCAAAUUUUCGAAUAAAUAAAUUGUUUCAAUGGCCAACUCUAGUAAUUCGUCGUUCAAAGCAAAACGUGAUAUUUUAAAUGCUAUAAUCGGUCAAACGAAAAAUAUUGGAAUGAAUUAAUGAUUUUUUUGUAAUCGAGAGGUAAUCUGUAUUUGUUCAAAUUAAAAUCGUUUGAAACAAAAGAAUAUUUCGGAAUAUACGAUCGAUUGAGAUGACUGAAAGACUGAGUACGGAUAUAACAAUUUCUAUUCUAUAUAAAUAAAUGAAAUAAAUGAAUAAAA